CUUCCACAUCCUACAAGCACUAAGCUUUCCAACAGUUUCAAUUUCUCGAUUGCCAGGAACGUCAAAGUCUUUUGCAGUCACGUAGAUCCCAUCCCUGUAAUCCCCUUGCAUUUGAGACAUCUGCUAUCAUUUACAGUUGAUGACAAUCAUUUGCAUUGAGUUUGGUGAGGGAAGGAAGGAACAGAGGGAGAGAGUAGCAUCGUCUCUCCGAAGGUCUUUCGUCACCACUUAUUGAUGACAUGCCAUGGCUCUUCAACAACAUCAGUGAGCCAACAGAAGCAGAAGCCUGUAAGAAUUUGAGCCUUUUCCAACAAAGAACUGAUAGGACCUCCAGCUUCUUUAGUGACACAACGGAGUUUGGCAACUCUUUAAGGGCUGUCAAGUUCAGAUCAAGCAUCCGCAAGCUCGUCAUGUUGCCAAGAAGGCUGGGCAAAGAUGCAAGACAUUUACAGCCUCUAGCUUUUAGUUCUUCAAGAUUGAACAAUGAACAUAUGCAAUCAGGACACGUUUUUUGUUCUCAUUGCUGUCGGCUCAAUUUCUUGCCUUGGUUCCCACCUUCCCUCACCACACCGGAAGCAAGAAGCUGCGGAAAGGUUGAGGACGUUCCUGGCAUUAAGCAGCAGGAUGUAGAAGCCUUGAAGGCUCAUCCCAAGCCUUGCAGCAAACAAGGUCAAAGUUACAUGAUAUUCUCUUUUCUUGGAAGAGUUUCAACUCAAUCAAAAUGCACAAAUUGUUCCUUUUUCCAUAACUUCAAUUGA